AUGAGAUUCCGUGAUCUCAAGCUAUUCCACCCAAGUAAAAAUAAAAAGGAUAAAAAAGACAAGCAACAAGAUGAGCCAGGUAGCGACUCUGUCCGCCGAUCACAUUACGCGGAAGACAGAUCCACGAAAUAUCCGCCGAUCGAAGUUGUUAAAUUUGACUCAGACCUUCAUUCAAACACGACCUCUGCCUUUGCUGACCCGUCCGUACUGGCAAAGAUCAGAGCCGACCAGAGCAAAGAAACCUCCGAACAAAUCAUUCUGGCCCCAAGCCCUACAAGUUGUCCAAAUGACCUGUGGGAAGAGGCAUUUCAAAGCCUUUCACCAGAGGAGCAACAAUAUCUCAACGCCAUAAUCGAACACGCGGGUGAAAGGGCCGAUCCAAAAAUAAAACACAUGAAGUUUCCACAUAAGGGGGCUGAGGCUCUCAUUGCAAUUGCCGAGGAAAAGCAAGAUGAAUUGAAAAGCCGACGCUGGAAAUUCAACGUCGACGGCCAUGAAAUCGAGCCAAGGACCUACACAGAACGCAUAAUUUCUUGUUUGAGUACUGCUGGUGAUAUCGGUGUCCAGCUUUUACCUCAACCUGCAAGCAUUGUCUGGCCGGUAGUCAAGGGUCUUAUGCAGGUUCCUGUUCAUGCAAAUCAGGAAAUUGGCGCCGCACUCAUGACUGCAGAGAUGGUCGUUCGAUACAUUAGCUGUGGCCAUUUAUACGAAGAGAUUUAUCUCGAAAAGAUCGAAGGCGAACUGAGGGAGAACCUGAAGUCAGCUCUAGUGAAGCUUUAUGCGGCAUCGUUGAGACUCUUGAGUUGUGCGCUGAAGCAACUGAAAACUCCUACUGCCAAGAUAUUGAUCCUCGCCUUUUUGGACCCUGAAAAAACCCAAGAUCAGGUCUCAAGUUUGGAGAAUUCCUACUCUGAUCUCAUCAAGAUUACUCAGAUUUGCCAAGCCCAACUCAACAUCGACAUCGACAACCGAAUCAUCAAUUUCCUAGACAAGUUUAACGAUAUUGACAGUUUUCUCCAGAAAAACUUCAGCAACCUUUUUGAGCAAUUAGACGAAGAGACGUUGUCGAAAAUCCUCGAUUGGAUCUCACCCAUCAAGGAAUCCGAUCAGCAUCAUAAGUUCAGAAAGGGCCGGACGCGUGAUACUUGUGAGUGGAUCUUGAAAAAGCAGGAAUUCCAAGAUUGGGAACAGAGCAUGUCACCAGCACUGAUAUGGCUUCAAGGAACCAUGGGCACUGGAAAGACCGUCUUGACCUCCAGGGUCAUUGAUCAUCUCAUUGAUAAGUCACAACGUCCCCAAGACAGAGUAGUAUAUUACUACUGUCGGCGUGUCAAUGAAUAUGAAGACCCGGAAAAUGUUAUCCGCAGUCUCUUUCGUCAACUGGCAAAGCCUACUCCGACCUCGAACCGGAUCCGCAGGGACCUCCAAGCUAUGUUCAAGCAGAUGCGAGACCACACAUCCCAGUUACCCAUUGAAGACUGCAGAGAGCAGCUUCUCAAGUCAUUAGACCAAUAUGGCCAAAUCACCUUUGUCAUUGAUGGCCUUGACGAAUGCAAAAAAGAGACGAUAAAUGCAUUGUUAGAUUGCAUCGAUGAUCUUUUGGUCAACAAAGAACAUCCUACAAGAAUAUUUCUUUCAAGUCGUCCAGAUUGGGAUACCAAGAGCCGUUUCAACUGCUGGCCCUCUAUAAAAACCGACACUUCCGAUAGCGGUGUCCACAAAGACAUCGAAAAGUUCAUUGACGAGGAACUACUCAAAUUCGCUUGCAGCACAAGGAGUGAAUAUGAAAAAUAUGAGCGACGCAUAAAGGAUAGGCUUUUGGAAAAGAGCAACGGCAUGUUUCAAUGGGUGUUCCUACAAACAGCGCGUCUCAAGCAGCGUCUACUCCCAGAGGAUGUCCUCCAGGGCAUUGAAGAAAUGCCAAUCGAACUUCCCAAGGCAUAUGAAAAUAUCUAUCAUGUGAUUUCUGAAGGAGAGUCCCAAAAGGCGCUGGUUGAUCGCGCGUUCAUCUGGAUCAUGUGUUCAAGUGCACCUUUGACGAGUGGAAUACUUCUAGCAGGUGUAUGCCUUAGUGGCGACCGUGAUACGGCACACAGCAGAAUCUCCGAGGAUGAUAUGCUCAAUUUUGGGCAAAAUUUGAUUGUCUUGGAUGAAUCUCAAGGUCUCUGGAGAUUCUCACAUGCCUCUGUUGCAGAAUUUGUUGAAGAGAAGAAAGAUCUUUGGAGCUCACAGGAGGCCCACUCGUAUGCCGGGAAAGUUUGCCUACGUUAUCUCAUGGUUGCGUAUGGAGAGCCUUUUGGUGAUAAAGACAUACAUUCCUGCAGGACAUCCAAAUUUAUCACACCCAAAAUAAUUUCGAUUUCGGGUGAAAAUGAGGAUGUCUUUCCUGCUGAUGAUGAAUUCCUGCAUUAUUGUCGCCACCAUUGGGUAUUUCAUGUCCAACGAAAAUGGAUACCGCAGAGAUUAGAGGUGCCGGACCCUUUACUGGAACUCUUAAAUGCCUUUUUUAGUUCCAAAGCACGGAGUGAAUCGACCUAUCAAAGGUGGCUUAAGCACAUCAAAAUGGAUUUGAAAGGGAAAUUGUCUUACUGGCACGAUUCGACUUCCAUGUUUUACUAUUCAAGUUCCAACUUGAAUAAGAUGGACAUCAGAGAUCUAUAUCCGUCGAAUUUUCCUGUUCUUGCCAUUUGUCGCUUUGGUCUCGAUGCUAUAUUUGCAGAAUGGUGGGACAAAGGCCAAAUAUUACCCUCGCACACAAAUGAAAAGGGAGAAAGCCUACUAGAGCUCGCUUGCAAGGUCAGAUCUUCUUUGAUUUGCAAGAGGCUUGUAGAGAAUUGCACUCCUGAUUACUACCAUGGCCGCGCUGGAGACGCUCUCAAGAUUGUAGCGGCAGAUGGCUCUUGCGACAUAGUUGAUAUUCUUUUGAAGGAUACAACCUCUCUUGAACUAGCUCAAUCAGAUCAUGGAAAUGCACUUAAAGCUGCAGCAUCAAAAGGCAAGAUUGAAGUGGUCAAGGCUCUUUUGGGAGACAAAGCCCCUUUUGGUCUGUCCGAAUAUUAUGAAAAUGCCCUCGCAGCUGCAGCAUCAAAUGGCAAGCUUGAGGUUGUUCAAUUUCUGGUUGACAAGGGAGCUUUAGUUGAUCUACAACUUGAGACUGAUUAUGAAAGUGUCCUCGCAGCUGCGGCAUCAUGGGGUGAGCUUGAGGUUGCCCAAUUUCUGAUUGAUAAGGGAGCAUCUGUUGAUCUGCCCCUCCAAGGACAUUAUGGAAGUGCUCUUGCAGCUGCGGCAUCAAGAGGUAAGCUUGAGCUUGUCCAAUUUCUGGUUGACAAGGGAGCUUCCGUUAAUCUACCCCUCCAAGGACUUUAUGGAAGUGCUCUCGCAGCUGCAGCAUCAAGUGGUGAGCUUGCGGUUACCCAAUUUCUAGUUGAAAAGGGAGCUUCUAUUGAUCUGCCCCUUCAGAAUACACAUUAUGGAAGUGCUCUCGCAGCUGCAGCAUCAAGUGGUGAGCUUGCGGUUACCCAAUUUCUAGUUGAAAAGGGAGCUUCUAUCGAUCUACCCCUCCAAGGACUUUAUGGAAGUGCUCUCGCAGCUGCAACAUCAAGUGGUGAGCUUGCGGUUACCCAAUUUCUAGUUGAUAAGGGAGCUUCUAUUGAUCUGCCCCUUCAGACUGGAUAUUAUGGAAGUGCUCUCGCAGCUGCGGCAUCAAGUGGUAAGCUUGAGCUUGUCCAAUUUCUGGUUGGCAAGGGAGCUUCUGUUAAUCUGCCCCUUCAGACUGGACAUUAUGGAAGUGCUCUUGCAGCUGCAGCAUCAAGUAGUGAGCUUGCGGUUACCCAAUUUCUAGUUGAAAAGGGAGCUUCCAUUGAUAUACCCCUCCAAGGACGUUAUGGAAGUGCUCUCGCAGCUGCGGCAUCAAGUGGUAAGCUUGAGCUCAUCCAAUUUCUGGUUGAUAAGGGAGCUUUUGUUAAUCUACCCCUCCAAGGGGAGUACAUAAAUGCUCUCGCCGCUGCGGCAUGCAACGGUAGAUUUGAGGCUUUCCAAUUCCUUGUUGAUAAGGCAGCUUCUGCCAAUCUGCCCCUUAAGACUGGAAAUGACGGAAGUGCUCUCACUACAGCUUCAGAUGAAGGAAAGACAAAAGGUGUCGAAGCUUUGUUUGCUGCCAAGGAUAUUCCACAUUCAUCUCUGGAACAUAACGGGCUUGGCCUUGGGCUAGAGUCUUCGGAGGAUGAGAUAUUCGAAGGAUUGGAAGCUCCUAUGUCAAUCAGUCAUGAAUACUCAGGAAUGUUAGGUAGCAUCUACCUACUGUAG